AAGUCGUGAGUGGCUGAAAAUAUUCCUUUUCCGGCUACACCUGCAAAACCCACCAGGAAGUGUGGCGCGAUAAAUCCUAAAGUAUUAAUCCUUCUUACCUGGAGGGAGAGCACCGAGAAUUAGCAUGCACUGAGGCAGGAUCUGGCCGGUUGUAUGACUUUUCUGUUCAGCAGAUCGUUUCGUGGGUACAUUGCAAUUUAUGCAGGGUAAAGAGACACCGUCAACUCCCUGCAAGUUUGGGUUUUUGUUCUUGUGUGGUGUAGCUAAGUUCUUCGGGAUUCUAAACCUUGCCUGCAAUGGGAUGCAGCGGUAGUACAGAGAGGACAAAGAGAGAAUGGAAACCCUUGGAAGAUCGGAGUUGCACAGACAUUGCAUGGUUCUUUAUAUUUUUACUUUUCUGCGUUGGCAUGGGAGGCAUCUGUGGCUACACCAUCGUCACGGGGGCAGCCUCUCGGCUGAUAUCCGGAUAUGACAGCUAUGGGAACACCUGUGGCCAGAACAACGAACAGAUAGAGGGCAUCAGACUCAGCGGCCUGGAUCAGACUGACAAAAAAUAUGUCUUUUUCCUGGACCCCUGCAACAUUGACAUUGUGCAGAGGAGAAUCAAGUCCAUGGCUCUGUGCGUGUCCCUCUGUCCGGAUCAGGAGCUGAAGACCUACGCAGACCUCAAGAGGUUUGCCAUGGUGAACGGGUCUGAACUCUGCUCUUAUGAGCUGGCUGCUCAUAAAUAUCCCAGCCUUCCAGAAAAGACAACUAAAUGCCCUAAACUUCCUGUGCCACCAAGUAAGUCUCUCCCAGUGUUCAACCGCUGCACCCCAGUGGACAUCUCCUGCUACACCAAGUUUGCCGAGGCCGUCAUCACCUUCGUCAACGACAACAGCGUGCUGCAUGGCCUCAUCGCCGGGGUGAUGGCCAGCAAGGAGAUCAUCCUGGGGCUGUGUCUGCUGGCACUUGUGCUCUCCAUGCUCCUGAUGGUCAUCAUCCGCUACAUCUCCGCCGUGCUGGUCUGGAUCCUCACCUUCCUUGUGGUCCUGGGAUCCCUCGGUGGCACAGGUGUACUGUGGUGGCUGUAUGUGGAUCAUAGGAUGAACGCAAAUGAAACUACCGUAGUUAAAGAAGAACAAGAAUCAUCCAGUGACAACACUCAAGCCCUCCUGGUCUACGCCAUUGCUGCCACUGUGUUCACGGUGAUCCUGCUGCUGCUGAUGCUCUUCAUGAGGAAACGUGUGGCGCUCACCAUCGCCCUGUUCCACGUGGCUGGGAAGGUGUUCAUCCACCUGCCCCUGCUGGUCUUCCAGCCCUUCUGGACCUUCCUGGCCCUCGUGCUCUUCUGGCUCUACUGGAUCAUGGUGCUGCUGUUCCUCGGCACCACUGGUAACCCGGUGCAGAACGAGACGGGACUGGUGGAGUUCCGCUUGACCGGGCCUCUCCAGUACAUGAGCUGGUACCAUGCGGUGGGUCUGAUAUGGAUCAGCGAGUUCAUCCUGGCCUGUCAGCAGAUGACCGUCGCCGGGGCGGUGGUCACCUACUACUUCACCAGAGACAAGUCCAGGCUGCCGCUGACCCCCAUCCUGUCGUCCGUGUUCCGCCUCGUCCGCUACCACCUGGGCACGGUGGCCAAAGGGGCCUUCAUCAUCACGCUGGUGAAGAUCCCCCGCUUCAUCCUGAUGUACAUCCACAACCAGCUCAAGGGGAAGGAAAACGCUUGCGCACGCUGCAUGCUGAACGCGUGCAUCUGCUGCUUGUGGUGUUUGGAGAAGUGCCUGAACUAUCUGAAUCAGAACGCCUACGCAGCGACCGCCAUCAACAGCACCAGUUUCUGCACCUCUGCCAGGGACGCCUUCGUGAUCCUGGUGGAGAACGCGCUGAGAGUGGCCGCCAUCAAUGCUGUGGGGGAUUUCGUUCUGUUCCUGGGGAAGGUGCUGAUCGUGUCCUGUACGGCCUUCGCCGGGGUGAUGGCGCUGAACUAUCAGAGGGACUACACGGUGUGGGUGCUGCCCCUCAUCAUAGUCUGUCUCUUUGCCUUCCUGGUGGCCCACUGCUUCCUCUCCAUCUUCGAGAUCGUGGUGGACGUCCUCUUCCUCUGCUUUGCCAUCGACACCAAAUACAACGACGGCAGUCCCGGCAAGGAGUUCUACAUGGACAAGGCCCUCAUGGAGUUCGUGGAGAACAGCAGGAAGUCGCUGCCGGAGCGGGGGCGGGCCCGGGCGGAGGAGGCAGACGACGCGGAGGCGAAGCCCAUGAAGUCAGCACAGGCGAUACCGUUUUCUGACGCGGAUAAUGAAGUGUCAGACGAAAGCGUGUGUGACACGAGGCCCCUGACCCCGCCUGUCUGCCCCGGCGCUCAAAGGCAGAACUGUUACCGCCGUCUGAGGGGUACCGUUGCUCCCGUGGGGCAGCUGCCCCUGGACCCAGUUCAGCUUGACCAAAAUCACCUAUUGGGACGUUUUGUAGACAUUCCAAAUGUUUAUUUUUACCAAUGUGUAACAUGUUUACUAUGGUUUCACUCCAGGGAAUACAAUAUUUUAAUAAGAAACUGUAUAAUAACUCAACGUAAUGAAGCACUUUAUAUUGAAGCUCUGCGUAUUUUAACAGCUGAUGCAUUUUCGUAGUGAUGUCCUUUUUUAUACAAUUUAAAAAAAAGCUGUCCUUUAGUCAGACGCAGUACUAAAAUGUCUAGCAUCACUUUGGACUUGGUUAUUCAUCAUGUAUGUUGCCAUUAUCAUGUACAUUUUACCUUUGAUGCAAGAGUAACUCCCCGAAGCAAAGACCACUUAAUGUUUUUUAAGCCACCAUUGGAAAUACUAUACACUGUAAAUUAGCUUCUUUCUCCACAGUCUGUUGGCACUAUGGUACAAUAUUUGAUUCAUUUUAUACUUUUAAUUUGAAUGGGAGAUAUUGUACGCAGUGGCAUGUUUAUUUACUUUACAUCUCAGACUACACCGACAUUCUGCAGUGGCAGAAAUGUUCUUUUGUGCCGAAAUGCAGACAGGUUAAGGUGAUCCAGUUGAUUUGACUGUGGAUGUUGAAGGACAAGCAGCCGGUGCCAGAGUUCAGGGGAAGACUGCUGUACACAGAACAAUGAGAGGAGGGAGGUAGGCCGUCCUGGGACGGUGUCCAGAUCAACACCCUACCAGCACUGGGUCCACCAUCAGGUGGGUAUUGGGGGGUGGUCGGCACCCCCCGGUGAUGGGUCGAAUUCUGUUGAGACAGGGCAACCACUUCCUUAUAGAUGGCGUAACCCCGCCAGGCAAAUGAAUACGUCGCUGUAAGCUUAUGCAGUCCAUUGAAAGACCUGCAGAGUUGCAUUGGUUUCCUACAGUAGUCAAAUGAGCAGCCAUAUAUCUUUGUCAGUGACGUUGUGCUCUCUGGGCGCGUCACCAGGACUGGUAGGGGUGACCGGUAGGCCGCUCGGCAAGCAUCACAAUGAAAUAGUCUUCCUACUUGCACUAAAUUUCUCAAGACUGUACACGCGGUUUCUCAGACUCUUCAGUAGGAUGGAUCUCAGUGGAGGAGAAGCGAGGGGUACACACAGUCUCGCACUUUGCCUUAACCGGUUCAGUGGGCUGCGCUCCCUGCUGGAUCUCACCAGAUGUAGGGCCGCUUCGCGAAGGUGAAUGGCAGAACCCUGGCAAUGGACACACAGUGGGGGCAGCCGACGUGACCCCGUGCAGUUUGCCUUAAACUUUGAGGGGAGACUUCAGGUACCACCUAUCCGAUUCCUGAAAGACUGAUUUGACAUGACCCAGACUUUUUGACCCCCUUUAAAACGAAUCAAAUAUAAUUCAGAAAGAUUUAUAAAAAGGCUCUUAAUUUUGUUAUGUUCUCAUGUUUUAUUUGAGUUUUUUUAAGCGCUAACAUAUUUUAAUGAAGAAGUUACCAGGAAGGAUCCUUUAUAUGGGCAGGGCAUUGUUUCAUGAAAGCACAGCCUUGAGUGGAGGGGUGUACCUCGGCUCAGUCUAUGGUGCACUCACACCGAAUACAGAUCAGUAUUACAGUAACACUGGAGAGUGGUUGCUACAAGCUAAUGUGCAGUUUACCAUUGAUUCACUCAACCAUGCUCAUGUAAUGGCUUUGUUUCGAAGCAGAUCCCCCCUCCACUGGUGAAAACAAAGCAAAAAUAAGUCAUGUAUGAAAUUUCAGUUAGAUGAUUAAAAAAAUGAGUACAGUUGACUGAAGGUACUUUUGUUGGGCUAAUCUAGCCUGUGCAGACCAUACACUAAGAUUGUAACUAUAAAAUAUUAAGAGCAUGCAGCUUGAAAACCGUCUAACGGAAUUACAUUUGCCACCAACUCCUUUGCGCAUGUUAAGAAUUGCACUAAUAGAUUAUGUACAUUUGAAUACCACUAUGAUUAAAAAAAAUAAAAUAAAAUCUUAAAAGAAUUGUUAAAAUGUCUUAAGCUUGGUCACGUAUACUGAAGCGUUAUAUGACCAGAGGAAUAUAGAUAUAGGUUUUAAAUGGCUUCAAAUAGAACAUUCAGUGAGCAAACUUGCCCUUAAACGCAUCACAUCAGUAUUAAUGAAUAUUCUUCAAACAAUGUUCAUAGUAAUUGACAUUUAUAUUGAUAAGAGAGGAAUUCAUUCUCAGGAGGACGCUUAUCGGGAUUGAAAGACUGAAAAACAGGGCACUACAGAGAACUCUCCUGUUCUCUGGUCCAGUAGAGACCAGCAUUUCUGGUCUCUACUGGACCAGAAGUGCUACUGACUGAAGCCACUGAUGAAGAAUCUAGCUCUGGGCCUUUGUCUGUCUGUGGAUCGGACACAAUGGUUCAGACUGACCCCCAUCACUCCCAUUUGCCAAAGUGAACCUUCUACCAGUUUUUCAGAAAGGGCAGCCAGGCGCACUGCACAGAGAUGGCUUUGUGCUUAGCUGGGUGAAGGCGCAAAAGGAUAGUGAUAUUGGUCAUUCUCUCUGUUUUUCUCAGUAAGGGCUGCGAUUUGAGGCCUGGUUUGUCACGUUCCAUUAAAGUGACAGUGGAAGCCCUUCUUGGAGGGACGUGUUGCGUGGGCCAAUUGUGUUUGGUGACGAGGCAAUUUCAUUGCAGCUACGUUAAGACUGUGGAAGACUCGCUUGUUGUUUAUUUAAUUUUUUUUUCUCUAAACUGCAGGACAUCUUUGUAGGAUGUGAAUCGUAUACCAUUAGGUCCACAACGACUAACACUGAUAUCUGAUAGAACAAUAGCUUUAUUCAGCGACAAGCCACUGUUUUGAGAUGUGUCUCCUUUAUUCUCCUCUUCAUCCCUGGAACCUGCACCACUCUCAGAGGGAAGUGCAGCUCCUAUAAAAAGAUACUGUUAUGAACUGGAGAGAGAUGUGUUUACUUGUCUGGUGUAACACUAGCUUUUAGCUCCUAACUGCAGUAAGUUGUUUGUAACAUCAAACUAAUUUUUUUUUACAUAUUAUUUCUUAUGUAUCUUGUUUUUUUAAAAAAAGUAAUAAAAUGGAAAACUUUGA